AUGGCGCUUCUCCCUGAAGGAUGGGAGGCAGACUACGACGGAACCCGAUGGCUCUACCGCUAUAAAGCAACGGGCUUGACACAAUACCAUUUUCCAAGAUCAGGAGACGAAUUUCCCGAAUUGGUAGGACUCGGAUUUGGAACACUGGAUGGAACUAAUCACAGUGAUGUUGCGACAAAGCCAGGUGGUAAUGGACCGGUGAAGGCGGCAUCGGGCAACGAGACAGACCUGAUGGGAGCUACGGGAUACUUCGAUCCAGACCAAUUUAUGUAUUUUGGUCUUAAUGAUGUAAGUCCGGUCGGCAAUGAGAAUAACACACCGACCAGCAACAAUGAAGCUGUAUUAGCUGAACUCCCCGAGUCGGAACGAAUACAAUCUCCUGUCGGCUUGGUUGCCGAGUUAGCGAGCAGCGAGACGGCAAAAUGCGCAGAAGAGUUGGCUCCAAUUGAGUUAGACGCAACACAAAUGGCACCCAUAGCUUUACGAGUUACUCCCCAGCAAAAUGGUCCGACAGAGUUGCCUACAAGUAGAAGUCCAGUAGAGCAGAAAAAGCCAAUACAACAUCCUGUUUUAGAAAGCAUGCAGCCGGUCGAAGAGUAUCCGCUAGUUUCGGCUUCAUUUGCGUAUCCUCCUCUAAAAACGGCCACUAGACCUGUCGAUAAUGUCGUGCAAGGAUCGAACUCUCCGUCUGCGGAACAAAAAGUCCUUUCUUCUUCGCGACCUGUUGAGACGUGGGCAGACCAGAAUAAAUACGAGACGUGGAAGCCCGGGCAAGGAAGUGCGACUGAGGAACUGAGGGAUUCAAAUAGGAAGUCGACGGCGCUGUCUAGUAUAUCAGUCCUUCAGUCUCAGAAUAGCGAACUUGGAUCCAUGGAUCAGAAGCGUCAUUCUUUGUCAGGGCCUAUUGAAACCUCGGAAGCAACUGUUGAUCUUCCUGGUAUCUUAAGGAGACCAUCGGAUCCUAGGAAGGCAGCAAUUGUCCAUACACCGUCACCACAAGUUGAGUCUUCACAAAUUCCAGCCGUACUACAACCUGCGACAACACCAUUAAGAACGGACCUACCACAAAAUAACCCACAUCAUCACCGUCCACAGAGCAGCGUCUCUUUACCAGGAUCGGGGGCAAGACAUGAGAGCAUCUCUUUUAGUCCCGGAUUAUCGAUCGUCAACUCUAGCUCAUAUCAGAUGCCGUCAGUGCUCAAGCCUGCCCAAAGCAUUUCAACUUCAGAAGUACAAACACCAGGAGAUGCUGCUACGAAUGAUAACUGCAUAGGGAUUCAUAAAGUCAACACCUUCCCCAAUCAGAUAUCUUCCCAUACAUCAUACUUACCUAAAAUUGGCGGUCCUGGGAUAUACGUCUUCCAAGAAAUUUCAGCGGCCCCGAGACCUACGAUUGAACAAGUCCAAAGCAAGCCACAUAAUCACAGUAACGAGGACGCAUCUUCGCAGGAGCUUCACCAAGCUACAGAACCAUAUUACUCUAUCCUGAAUGAACCCCUUCCCGUGAUUGCUCCGCUAUCGGUGUCUAAACCACAGAGUCCAACAAGUCCGAAUCAAACCUCAGAAAAUUCUAGUACCCCUGAAGAAUCGAGGCCUCCUAAUUCUCAAUCUUCAUCUAUACAUAGUGCCAUAAUAGGCAUGAACAAUGUCACACUUAGACCAUCGGUACAGAAUAACUCCCACAAUGAAGGACCUGCAUCCCCAGCUGCAUCCUCUAAUGAAACAGGUGCCCAUCCAUCACAGGUAAAUUUUCCUGCCAUUUCCCAGGGACAAACUUCUAGUUCUUCAAGACCCCAACAAAAACUGUUGCGGAAGCCUGUGCUUCCGCAAAGGCCUAACACCCACAUUGUACUUGAAAGUCCAAUCGCACAACCUCACCCACUAUCGCCUCAAGCUACUCCUACAACACAGGUUGGGCAGCAUAUUCUAACAUAUAAUCAACGGCCACAAUCAAUAUCUGGGCCAUCACAACAUUCUACUGAGCUGCCACACAACCAGCCAGCGCCAAUUCAAGAGCACAAUCACGGUUUGGCAAUGUCUAUUCAGGUCUCUGGUCAGGCGAGUUUCUCGGGACUAAUCGCAAACCAAGCCGUGGCCGGGCAAGCUGGCGUAGUUAAUUCACAGAGCACGACUCAAAAGCCACCAUCGAAUCCCAGCCAGGUGACUCCAAGCAUAAAGCCAGCAACCCAGACCGCUAGCCAAGUGUCAAAUCAGAAUAUGCCAGCAGGAAUGAACAUCGGGACAAACAGACCUCAGCAGUCAUGGUCACCUACUGUACAUCCAGUAUCUCCGCUUCAAAGUCAGGUAUCCUCGCCGACCCCCUCGAUUGCCUCACUUCAUAGACCGCCCUCCUCAGCAUCAUCCCACACUCAACCAACAACUCAAGGAAUUAUACCUCAAAGCCGCCCACCAACUACCGUUACUCACCAAAAUACAUCCCAAGCUCCUAGACCAACAGGGCCUCAAGUAAUCCAUUCCCAGGGACAUGCACAAGGAACCCAAUCUCCUAAUGCACCAGGAAAUGCAUCAAAACCUUUCCCAAUGCUUCCAGGGCAGGUAAAGCCGAUGCCCUCCCAAGUCGGAUCAUCUCCUAUUCCUAUAGCAGCCCAACCAGGUCAAACUGGCCCAAUACAGGCUCCACAUCCGCUGACUCAGGUACCUCCGAUGAAACCUACUCAACAUCAGGGAAUUCAACAAGUGUCACAAUUAGCAGUACAAAGACCACCUCAACAACAACUCAUACAAGGCCAUCAUAUGCAAGUUGCAGGACAAAAUGUUCCAGGAACAGUAUACCACGGGCAGCCUCGACCGCCUGUAUCAGCUCAGCAAUAUAUACCCGCACAUGUUCCACAAAAUACGCAAACUCAAGGGCCAUAUACACAUCAAGGGGUAGGCCAGAUUAGUCAAUCGCCAAGCGGACAACAAACAGUCAGUUUCGCGCAAGGAACUCAUGUCCAGCAGCAUGUAUCUCAAACGGUUCAAUACCCAAAUGCGGCGAACAUAUCAGCCGCGCAGUCGUUCCACACUGGUCAGCCAGCAUCGCAAAUUCAGGGACAGCAACAUCAACAACCUACUCAAACACCCAGUUACCAACCUGGAUCGUCACAAGUAUACGGACAGGGUAAACCGUUCAACUCAGCUCAGGCAACUGCUGCCUUUUCCGACGCAGGUAAGAAAAUGAAGAAGUGGGCUAAGAAGACCUGGCAAAACCCAACCUUCAAGCAAGCGACAGCGGCUGUAGGCGGUGCAGUUUUUGCUGAGUCGUUAGGUGGGAACGGAGUUGCAGGUGCUGCUCUGGCAAACCAGAUAUAUACCAAUUCUCAGAAUAAACCCCAGAACAACCAGCCACAACGGCCACCAGGCCCGCAACAUGCGAAUACCGCUCCACCGCAAGCACAACAUCCAACAGGGAUGAAUGCUACGGCUCAGUACGGUCAGGCCGUGAACCGACCUCAAUUACAACAGGGUGCGCAACCUCCCGGCUUCCAACCAGGCCGGCCGCCUGUAGUGCAAAAUCCAGGAGUAGUGGGAACAGCAAUGAAUAAUAAUCCUCCACAACCGCAAGUGGGCAUGAUGAACCAACAACCCGUUUACCAGAUGUCACGACCUCCGGUUGGAAGACCGCCUGUUACUCAGGCACAGCAGCCUGCUACUUUCAGUCAACCGUUUUACCAAGGAGCCCCCGGCCAGCCAAUCUUCCAAGCAUCCCCGAACCAACCCCUUUACCAGAUGCAUUCGGGUCAACAAGUUUACCAAGCACGUCCUGGUCAACCACCUCUACAAGCGCAGGAUAGUACUGAUACCUAUGCGGCUAUAGGUGCCACGAUCGGCGGUGCCCUUAACGCUCUAGCCUCAGGGAAACCCGACUCAGGGGCUCCUGCUGGUUCUCAACAGCAUCAUCAUACAGCUGGUUCUGAGCCGCAACAUGAAUCUCAUCCUCCACAGCACCACGAACCCUAUCCCGAGCCACAUCACGAGGCACAUUCGGAACAACCUUACGAAGGUCAAUCUGGAGAGCAUCAUACGGAGCACGCUACACACCAAGAGUCCUACGCCGACCAGCAGAACAUGGCAUACUCGGAGUCUCAAACCACCGAUCCUCAGGUGGUGAUGGACAACCCGACUUCAGAGGCGUAUUUCGCGCCUCAGUCCGACACGACUAUAAUCAAUAACACGACUAUCAACAACGUAGACAACACCGCGAUCGCACAAUCCCAGCAAGUCAACAUGAACUACACAGACAAUACGAAUAUAACGGAUACGAGUAAUAUGAAUUCGGGAACAAAUGCGUUUGUGGAGGAUAGCUCGUACAUGCUCGAUACAUCGAGUGCAAAUACACAGGCGACCGCUUUUACGGACACGGCGUAUACCGAUACGGCAUACAUAGAUGCUACGAAUAUGAACACGGACACGACUUCGUAUGGGGGCUCGACGUAUGUGGAUGCAUCGUACGCCGGUGCGUCAUAUUCGGACAUGGCGUAUGUCGAUAAUACGACGAUGGUGGAUGUCAACGUGGAUAUGAACGUGAACGUCGACAUGAGCGCGAAUUAUAAUGACAUGACGUACACGGGGGACCAGAUGUCGACGAUGGACAUGCAGGAAAGUGUGAGCGUCGACGCGAGUUACGCGGAGGAAAGCACGGUGGAUUAUUCGGGAGGUGACUGGGGUGGUGGCGACUGGUGA